GCUGAUAUUCUCGGCUUUGUGUCCCCCGCACAGCCGCACAGACACGAAGCAUCAGCGCAGCCAGCAGGAGAGAUACUGCGGUAACUCCACGCCGCUUCUCUGGGGAAGUGCACAUGUGCAACCCGCCGUAAACAUGCGCCGAGUCGGCUUCGCCUCACCGCUGUAGCCGCACCGGAGCGGCACAUGGACAGGGCGGCACCGCCAAACCCACGGCUGCACUGACCGAACCAUGAGCUCCUCUCUCCCGAAAAGUGAAUCUACAACCUCACUGCUGAAACCCUCCGCGGCGACUCGGAGGUCAGCGAGGCGCCCGGAGCACGCUGGAAACGACCGCCGUAGCCAGAACCGGCCCGGAGCUCCGGAGAGUCGCGGCGUCGCCGAGGAGACGUGCUGGCCGGCCGGCUGCGACGCCAGCGCCCGUAGACCCCUGUGCCACCCGCGGUUAGUCAGUGACGGGGACAGCGGGACGAGGCGAGGAAGUAAGAGCCAGUCUCAGCAUCCGCACGACCAGUUCGCCCCCACGGACAGCCGGGAAGAGCUGCCGAUGAAGGAUGAUGCUGGUCGGGCAGGGAGAGGACGCAACAAGCCGCACGGACGUCCGCAGCGCCAGCAUCGGCAAACUGUCCAGGAGGACCCGCUCCCAGUCUGUCAGCACAGCAUCCCCUCGCCGGCCCUCCCUAAGCGCCCCGGCUCGGCCCUCAGCGUCGCCUCGGAGCCCGCUGUCAGCACGCCAUCUCCCGCUUCGUCCUCGCCGCUGCCCGCGUCUUCCAGCCGCUCCUCCGGCCGCUCAGGCAGGUCCAGCGCGGCGUCCUCCGCGUCUGACUCAAGCCUGCACCCGAUCCUCAGCUCAGUGUUCGGCCAGGACAGGGAACUCAGACCAGAGGAGAUCGAUGAGCUCCGAGAAGCUUUUAAGGAGUUUGACAAGGACAAAGAUGGCUUCAUCGGCUGCAAAGACCUGGGCAACUGCAUGAGGACCAUGGGCUACAUGCCCACCGAGAUGGAGCUGAUUGAGCUGAGCCAGCAGAUCAACAUGAACCUGGGUGGCCAUGUGGAUUUCGAGGACUUUGUGGAACUGAUGGGACCUAAACUCUUGGCAGAAACGGCGGAUAUGAUUGGUGUGAAGGAGCUGAGGGAUGCAUUCAGAGAGUUUGACACAAACGGUGACGGUGAGAUCAGUACUGCCGAGCUCAGGGAGGCCAUGAGGAAGCUGCUGGGACAGCAGGUUGGUCACAGAGAUCUUGAGGACAUCUUGCGGGACAUUGACCUGAACGGGGACGGCCACGUAGACUUUGAAGAGUUUGUGCGGAUGAUGUCUCGCUGAUGGGGGCCGUAAAUCAGCGGCAGAAAUCCCUGCCAGCCUGGCGUGUGGCCCCCAGCUGUGCCAGAGAAAUGCCAGACCAGCGAUUGCCGACUGCGCUGCCCUACCUGAACAAACUGGAACUUACAUACUGCCCUCCAGCCUCCAAACUAUGAUCUGGGGGGACCACAACCCCCCCCCCCCCCAGCCAUUCCUGCAGCGUCACCCCAUCCUCACAAGACCAACAACUGGAGCAGUGUCCUGACGCAGGGACACCAGGCGGGCAGACAGACAAACAGACGUUUUCAGCACUUUCACCCAAACCCGUUUCCCAUGUGUCUUUGCACUUACUCUGUUUGAAAAUGAGAUUAUUGUAGCCCAUUCUGUAGUCGGUCUCAUUUCUGUCUAUUUAUUUCUGUGUAUUUGUGUAUCUGCCUGUGUGUUUUGUACAAGAUGUGACCUGGUCCCACACAAAAGUAAAUUGUAAAGGGCCCAGUUAGGAAAGUGUAGCUCAAUUUUUAGAGAAAAGAGAACAAUGUUUGUAUGACAUUCUGUAUAUUUUAUUUGCAAUCAUUUAUUACUCAAAGACAACCAAAUAUAACAUCACAUUAAAAACAAUUCAGUCUUAUAUGUCACAUACACAAUUAAACUGAGUACAAUGCAUAGUGCUUGAUGUUAUCACUAUGUAAGGUGACCCAAGUGCACUCACUGAACCGGGAACACCACUGUUGAAUGUCCUGUCUUAUUAUACCAAAUUUUACGAGUUUUGUUUUAAAGUCAAUGCAAAACCAUUGAAUUGCAGUGUCAGGUAACAGCCCAUCAGCUCUGAAUCAGGAUGACAGAACUGAAAUUCUGCUUCCUCUGCCAAGGUCCAUGUGAUAUCUGCAACAUUCUUAUUUAAAAUAAGAUGACUGGAGUUUGCUGGUUUGGAUCUUUUAGAUUUCACUUGCUAGAAUAGAUUUGUGAACAUAAUCAACCUGUACUUGAGAUGUGCUCCUGUUUUACAGGAGAGCUCUCCAGCCUCAUGUCUAUCACAAUCGGUCCUGUUUAAUUACAGCUAAUAGUGACAGUGUCCUUCUGAGGGACAUGAGCUGCAAUAUAGACAAAAAGGGAGAGGAACGGGAGAAACUGCCGCAUAUCGAGGCGGGUCAUGGAGAGCUGUCACCAAGCAGAUCACAUGGAGGGAGGCGGGAGUCUGGCUGAUCUCAUAUGUGUCCAGAAUUUCAUAUUGAUGUUGUUGUCAUGGAUCUGUACAUUUUUUGUCUCAAUCCUACAACAGACAAGCUGUACAACCCCACAUGUGUCUUCCUCAGACCAGUUGUGAAUCUUCCUGUUGAAACAUUACAGACCACCUUACUAAUGUUGACUUGACCUACCCUGAUUUUAAAAACCUGUGUGUUAAAACGUGCAUGCACGUGGAAACCCUCAUCUGUGCAUUUUUGUUGGACAACUGCGUGUGUCCUUAUCUACUGUAUGCCGACUACAGGACGUGUUUAUAUCUGCGUGUCAUUAUCUCUGUUUUAAUGCAUGCCAAAAAAAAAUCUUUCAAGAAAACACAUCUGUUCUUAUCAAAUUCGAUAUGAAUUUGAAAAAAGGUUACAUUUAAGAAGUAAACACGGUUUAGCCUGGUG